CGUACCGUCAUCAUGGCGCCUCCCAGUGCUUCUUGCUGCACGGCUCUCCAGGGUGCCCUCGUGACGUCCUUCCUCAUCUUCAUCGGUGUCGCAACAUGGAUGACCAUCACCAGCCAAGGUUAUCGCUUCACCAUUGACGACUUUUUGGGCACAACGUCCCCUUACAUGUGGGCAGCGCUUGGCAUUGCCAUUUCCAUCUCCAUCUCCGUGGUUGGUGCGGCCUGGGGUAUCUUUAUCACCGGCGCCAGCAUUCUCGGCGGUGGUGUCAUGGCCCCUCGCAUCAAGACCAAGAACCUGAUUAGCAUUAUUUUCUGCGAGGCCGUUGCCAUUUACGGUAUUAUCAUGGCCAUUGUCUUCACUAACGCUUUCAAGGAGUUUACCAUCUUUAGCGACAUCUUUGAAUUCUCCGGUGACAUUUCCAUCAAGGAUGCCUCAACUGGCUACGCGCUCUUUGCUGGCGGUAUCACCACUGGCUUCUGCAACCUGGUCUGCGGCGUGUGUGUCGGCAUUGUUGGCUCGGGUGCCGCGCUCGCCGAUGCCCAGAAUGGUGCUCUUUUCGUCAAGAUUCUGAUUGUGGAGAUUUUCGGCAGUGCCAUUGGUCUUUUUGGCAUUAUCAUCGCCAUUAUCCAGACCCAGGGCAAGCAGUUUGGCAAGGAGUAA